UGUACUUCUUCCUUGGGUUUGGUUUUCACGAGCUUGCUUUGUCCCCAAGCUGAAACAUGAAUGGUGAGAGGCUGGAACAGGGAGAAAAUGGCUGCAGUGAAUUUACAGGGAGAGCUACAGUAGUCUCACCCUUUGCUUUCUUUGUUGGGGCUCUGAGGAGAUGCUUUCUACCCCACACUGCACUCAGAGGAUUUCUUUGUGGCCAGAGAGGGACAACAGCAUGCCACAGCACCUGGGAGUCUGAAUUCUGUCCUGUCUGCACCUAUACAUAGUAGUUUGGGCUCCAGUUUCCCAGUUGGUGCUGGAGCUUUAUCCAUUUUGAGGCAAAAUAUAUGUGAGUUUGCAAAAUGCAGCUUCUCAAAUGACAAAGCAUGGAACUACAUCACUGUUAGAAAAGAAACACCCAGGAAAAAGGUGCUGAUUUCUGUACUUCCACCCUUGGCUACAGAAGGGAUAUGGAGAAGGAAUUGCCUCUGAAGUCCCUGGAGACUGUCUGCAGCUGCCCUUCCUUGCACAGUGCCCAUCCAAGACGAGCAGCCCUGCUGCAGUUACCAAUUCUAUGAGCAAAUGGAUUACUUUCAGAAUGGGAAGUUCAGUACUCAGAUGGGCUCCCAGCAGCACAGGGACAGUGAUACCAGAGACUCAGCAGAUGAUUGCAGAAACAAGGGAAAUGGCAGAAAUGCUAAUCCCAGCAGUGGCAGUCAGGUGAUUGAGGCUGACAGACCUGGCAAACAUCUGAGAAAGAAGAGAAAACUGCCUCUGGAUUCUGAGGAUGAGGAAAAUGCAGAUGAGGAUGAGGAGAAGAAUAAAUCAAAUAAUAUGAAAAGCCGCAGAAACAGUAAGCCAAUAAAACAAGCUGCUCCUGGAAAGAAGAAGGUAUGGAACUGGGUUUCCUACUUAGAAGCGGAACGGAUGCCAGCUGCUCCCCUAAAACUGUUCAGAGAGCAUCAGUCGUUCCCACAAGGCCGAAAUGGAUUUAAGGUUGGAAUGAAAUUGGAAGGGCUGGAUCCUGAACAUGCCUCUCGAUUCUGUGUUCUCACAGUGGCUGAGGUGCAAGGGUACAGAAUGCGGUUACACUUCGACGGUUACCCAGACAUCUACGACUUCUGGGUUAAUGCUGACUCCUCAGACAUCCAUCCCAUUGGCUGGUGUGAAAAAACAGGUCAUAAGCUGCUCCCUCCUAAAGGUUUUAAGGAGGGAGAAUUUAAUUGGACUUCCUAUUUGAAGAAUUGCAAAGCUCAAGCAGCUCCAAAAAGCCUUUUUAAGACUCUCAAUGCUCCUGUAACACCCUCUGGAUUUCGUCUGGGCAUGAAACUAGAGGCUGUGGACAAGAAGAAUCCGUCGCUGAUGUGUGUGGCCACCAUCGCGGACAUGGUGGACAGCCGCCUGCUGAUUCACUUCGACGACUGGGAUGAGAGUUAUGACUACUGGUGUGAAGCCAGCAGCCCAUAUAUCCGCCCUGUUGGCUACUGCCAAGAAACUGGAACCCCACUGACAACACCACCUGGAUAUGUGCAUUCCAGUGCCUUCUCAUGGGAGAAAUACUUGGAGGAAACUAAUUCCCAGGCAGCCCCAGCAAGAGCAUUCAAACUGCGUCCUGCUCACGGAUUCCAAGUCAAUAUGAAGUUGGAGGCUGUGGACAGAAGAAAUCCCAUCUUGAUUAGAGUGGCAACAGUCAUUGACAAAGACGAGUAUCGCAUUAAGAUACAUUUUGAUGGCUGGGACCAUGAUUAUGAUUUCUGGAUCGAUGUGGACAGCCCUGAUAUCCACCCAGUAGGCUGGUGUGCAAAAACUGGACAUGUUCUGCAAGUCCCACUUGGUUCUGUCCAUCAAGAGGAGCCAGGACAAGCAGCCUGCCCUACCCCAGGCUGCCACGGCAUUGGCCACGUCAAGGGACCGCGAUACGGAACACAUUACACGUUGGUUGGCUGCCCUUAUUCUGAUGUGAACCUCAACAGAGAAAACCAGUUACAGGACCGCCUGAGUGGGGACAGAGUUUCCCCUAGCGACGGCAUGCAGAGAGACAGAGGCCUGGAGAGUUCUACCCCGUACAAGUUGGGAGCAGGAGACAGUUCUCAGCGGGAGUCUCCAAAAUCUGGCAAGCCUACCCAAGCCGGUGAAGAGUCGUGUCAGAGCAGCGUUCAGAGCCUGCCAGAACUGCCUGAAAAGAGCUGCAAGAGAGCCUGGGCAGAGGAGGAUUCCUCUGCAGAGCCCAAAGCCAAGCAACAGAAGAUAGCAUGCUCACGUACCUGUCUGACCUUAGAGAUGGUGAAAGAGAAGAAGAAGAGGCAAGACCCUGGUGUGGAUCUCCAGCAGGCCCUCCACCAGUCCAUUUUCAUGCCUUCUCUGGCCUCUAACCCGACCCACCGCCUCCAUCUCAACUGGGAGAAACACUGCAAGAUCUUGCCAGAGGUCUCAGGCCUCACAACCAAACAUGUGGCCAAAUGGACUGUGGAAGAGGUGGUCAGCUUUAUCCAGCGCUUACCUGGCUGCAAAGAGCACGCCUCUGUUUUCAGGGAGGAGCAGAUAGAUGGUAUAGCCUUCCUGCUCCUCAACCAGAAUGACUUAGUUAAAAUACUUGGCAUCAAGCUGGGUCCUGCCCUGAAGAUCUACAAUGCCAUCCUCAUGUUCAAGACUGCAGAAGACAACUGAGAGGAGCCCUUUGGCAGAGCCCACGGAGGAACUGGCAGGUCUUCAACUGAGAGCAUUCCGACAGCGACAGCGUAGGACUAAGAUAGAUGUUGGCUUUGUCUUUUUAAAGUAGGACUUAAUAAAAGUAUUUUGGAGGACAUGAAAUACCCUGCCACGGUCUGGAAUUUGGGGCAGCUUCACUUCCAAGAAGAGGAUCUUAUUCUGUUUUGUAACUUGGGUUUGCAAUAUCAAUCUCCUUUGGAGAUCUAGAAGACAACCUCCGGUUCUAAGGGGAAUCCAGGGUAACGUUGGUGAAGCUGCAAUGGCAAGAGGCAAGCUUUGAGUACAGUGACUGCUCUGUGCAAUGGUAGUGCCUGAAAGAGAGACUGACUGAUCACCAGCACUGGUCAUUGAUCCUCUGGGUGUAAGGAAAUAGGAGAAAGAUGCACUUCAGAGCAACUCACUUGUGUCCUUCCACGCUGUGACUCGAGAGGUGACCUUUCCAGGACUGAGUUUCCAACUCCAGCUUCUCCCUACUGAUCCUGGUUGUUCUAAUACUUUUGGCUGCUGGGCUGCUGCAGCCACAGCAGAACAGUAGCACAGGCAAAUGGUUUUCAUCACUGAUGGUUUGUCUCCUGCAAAAUGUUCUCAUCUGUGUCACAAGAGAGCAGGAAGCAAACCCUGUGUGGACAGUCUGUGGGUAGGCAGAGGUCUCUCAUGCAAGAUGCCUCCCACAGGGCACUGAGAUACUCAUUUUAGCUGCAGUUCUCCUAUCGGUGCUCUUGUGCAGCUGCCUGGAGCAGGAGCACCUUGUGGCCAAAGGGCACAAUCGGGAGUGCUUGGGAGUUUGGUGAAUUCCUCUUGUCCCCUCCCCUGUCGGCCCAGCGGUGGUCAGCAGAUGCCUGGGGGUGCAGACAGAGCCCCUGGCAACAAUUUGGCUUUUCUUUCUGAGCAGCCAAAACUCCUGAACAGUGCAUUGGCCUCAUCAGGCUCCAGGUGGGCUUUGGUCUGUGUUACCAAAGGGUCACUGAGCUGUCCCGGCAGGGCACCUCUGCCUCUUUGGUGGCCAGGCAGGCAGAGCACACAGGAGAGUGAGACUAGAGGGGAGCUGGGUCUGAGCAGAGAGCAAAGCAAGCUAAGAGUGCUCAAAGAGAGCUGAGCUGUGUCAGGGAGGCAGCAAAGCUUGUGGCUGCAUUCCUGUGCAUGCAGCCUGUGCUCUCCUGGCCAGAGGGGAGCAGAACUAUUUCCUGCUCUGCUCAGAGUCAGAGCAUCACUUCGUAGACAUGCACCUGGGGCUGCCGUGCCCUGGCUGAGGGAUUUCCACACUGUUGUUCCAGAGCACUCCUCUUCCAAUGGAAGCCUUGGAAGAAGCAGUGAGCCCUGCUGGGGCUCUGCUUAGUGUUCCCGUCCAUGCCUGGCAGCUGGCUAGCUCAUAACUCUUCCCCUGGCCACUCUCCUGAUGGGUGUUUGGCUUUCUGGAGUGCAGCUAGACCCAGCUGAGCCUUCCCUCCCUUCCAUCAGAGCUGCCAGGCGGAGCCCUGUGUGUGUGAACCCUGAGUGUGUGCACCCAGUGUUGCUGCAGGCAGAGCUGCCAUCAGCCUCUGGGUGCUGCAUGACGAGAUGUGACCCAUCUGUGGGGACCUCAACCUCCUUCCUACUUGGCAUCUUUGUCACCAGUGCUGUUGCUGCAGCCCCAGCCCUGCAGCUCCUCUGGGAGCCCUUGGGCACAGAAGGAACACAUUGUCCAUGGCUGUGUGCUGACACAAGGAACGCUCUUGGUCUUCCUCCCCUCAU